AUGACCUUCAAGACGGGGGACUGCCGGUACAACCGGCAGAUAUUCUCAAACUUCACGAUGCAGAUAAUCAACACGAAACUGCUAAUGGAUAUGGUCGUCGCCUCGACCAUUCAGCAGGGCCUGAAGGCCCACCUGGGCUUCGAGUUCCGGCUGGCCAAGGGCAGGCCCUACCAGAGCAUCUACCAGCACGACAUCAACUACUGUGCCAUGAUCAGAGGGGCCCAGGAGUCGAUCUACCGUCGCUGGUUCACGUCCAUGUUGAAGUUCGGAAACUUUGCCACAAGCUGCCCCAUUGGCAGAGGCUACUACUACCUGCACGGCUGGACGCUGGACGCCAGCUACAUACCCUCGUUCUUCUAUCUGGGCGACUACCGGAUCUCCGGUAGAUUCUUCUACGGCCGGUUCAAAAAGAAAGAGGACAAUCCCAUGCUGGAUUGCUCUGUGGAAGCCGUUCUGAACUAA